AUGAAAGGCCACAACAAGAGAAUAAGCUAUUAUAGAAGAGAAGAUAGACUAAGCAUGUUACCAGAUUGUAUCCUUAUUGAGAUUCUCUCUUUCCUCCCCCUCAAAUCCGCCAUUGUUACGAGUGCUUUAUCAAAUCGAUAUCGCAAUCUAUGGCCCGAAAUCACAUCCCUUGACAUUGAUUUCUCCGAAAUCAAAAACCCCCAAAUCAAAAACCCUAUCGCAAUUGUUGACGAAUCCUUCAACAAACUCACAUCGACGUCAAUCUUCCGUCUUCGUCUCUGUCUUUGCGAUCUCUUUGAUCGUAAAGGUGUAGCUCCCAAUUCCAGCCGCAGAAAUCAAUUUAUGAUUAAUUUAUGGUUUCAACAAAUUUGUGCCAGAAACGUUAAGGAAAUCAAGGUAAGUAGUAGGGAAUUGUGUUAUUUUAAACCUUAUGUACUUCCUCAGUAUGUUUAUCAAACUAGGUCAUUAGUAGAACUUGAGAUUGAUAGAUCAAUUAAUUUAGGUUAUCGAUGGGAUGAUGAUGAAAUUAAUCUUCCUAAUUUGAAGAAAUUGAAAAUUUAUCGAUCUAUGUAUAGUCUUAAACGGUUGGAAAAGUUCAUUAAUUCUUGCCCGUCACUUGAGGACUUUUAUUUGGAGAUUGAUCUCACUAGAGACAUAGAAUUAUCAGUUGUAAAUUUAUCAGUCCGGAAUUUGAAGAGUUUGGUUUUGUUAUUGUAUGGUAUUCAUCAUACUUGUAAGGUUAUGAUAGAAUCCCCAAUUUUGGAAUAUUUCACCGUGGCAGGUCCUAAUAAUCAUAUGUUAGGGUUUUCUUUCGAGGAAAUCCCGAUCAAGUUAGUGGAAACAAGAAUGUCGAUGAUAAACAGUUGGAAGGCUGAUCAAAUGUUACCCUUGUUGAAAUUCUUACGCGAAAUUUGUCAUGUUAGAUUUCUUGAACUUGAUAGUGUCCCGUUUAAACCUCUGAAAACAUUUCCCAAUCUGGGCCGUCUUACGUUGGGGUUCUCAACUUGUGACUUCAGAAGGCUAAUAAUUUUUUUAGGUUUUUGCCCUGCUUUGGAGGUUCUUAUACUAGACAUGAAGGGUACUACUGAUGACGAGGGGUUGACAUGGGUAUCAUCGGGUAUUUUACCUAAAUAUACACGUCCAAAGAAAAUUGAAAUUCGGAUAGGGAGGCUUAAGUAUCAAAGAGAAUUGAUGAAGAUGGUAAGAUAUUUCGUACAAAAUUGUCAAGCAUUGGAGCAACUCAAGUUUAGUAUUACUGAGGAAGGUCAUGAAUAUGAAGACAAAUUAAGCAAACAACGCAUUGAAAGACAGUUUUGCGAUGAUUUGCUCGAUUUGCCAAGGAGUUCUUCAAGGUGUGAAAUCAUAUUUUCAGGCAACUUUCUCAAAAAAUCGAGCAAUUCUUGGAAUGAAUAA